AUGCCGCGAAACCCUGCGGCGAAAAAGCACCAGCAUAACAAUCGCCAUGACAGUGGGCUUGUAGGUCCCGGAAAACGUGUUACGAGGCAGAAGUCGAAUGGUCACCUCAAUGGCACGCCCAAAGGACCUGUUCCCUCCGAGCCUGUUCCUCAGGUUCCCUCUACCGACCCAUCUGUGAGCGCGCCGAGCCAUAGCCAAUCUGAUACAGCCACCUUGGACUCGAGUCGGGAAAUUGCGAAGGAGCUGACACAAUCUUCAAAGGGCGGAGAGUCGGAGGGGAACGAAGGGAAAGAGAAGGACAACAAAACCGAGUCGAAUGGGUCGGCGGUAUUCCAGCAAAGAAGGGGCGAAAUGUCUUCUUCCAAACCGAAGGCUCCCCAAGAGCUCAGCGCUCUGCAAAUCGCCUCGACUAUCAUCCGGUCACGCCCCGCCUGCGACACGGUCUCUUUGCUGAUCGUACUGCUUGCUCUGCCGUCCAUGAUCUUGACCAUUGUCCAGGCUCUGUUUGCAUCCUUGACACUGAUGCCAGGAGGCGGCGCUCCGGUUUCCUUUCUCUCAUUGCUCGAUAUCUUCCAGGGUUCGGCGGGUGCUCCCAGCAUCACCACAAUGGUCGUGGUCGACGUGAUAUGCUUUGGAUUAUGGGUGUGCCUCUGGACCUGGGCUCAAAAUUUCGCUCUGGACUUGGCUCAGAUACAGAUUGCCAUUACGCUGGGAAAUGGCAGUUCAGGGAAAAAUGGACGAGCCAACGUGAUUUGUGUGAUCGGAGUUCUUCUGCUGCAUCUGAUACGAAGCAGAGGCGUCCGUCGUUUUCUUUUCACAAAUCUCGUGCCGAUGGAGUUACUUUCCCAGGCUGGACUUACCGAAUAUUUCAAGUACCUACCGUCCGACUCCGAUUUUGGCGAGAGCCCCGGACCACCGUCGCAUAUACGAAGUCUAUUCGCCAUCCAUAUCAUCAGCCAAGCCGUUAUGGCCUUCGUGCGGCGUAGGGUUAGCAGCUCUCAGUCUUCAUCUUCCACGAAAUCGAAACGCGCCGACACAGAAGCCUCUGCAGGGUCCGCUUCGGACAUGUCGGCUCUGGAGUCUGCGUCAGCCGGUGUCUCCUCAGCCAUUGACUACCAAGCCCCUCCAACUCCGGGUCUGAAGGAAGGCAAGGAAAAGGGUGUGAGCGCAAAGAAACGGAGACGACAAGCCAACCAUGUUAGAAGCAGACAACCCUUCUGGGCCGCUCUCGCCAGCACCAAGGUUCAUGUACUCCGAGAGGUGGAACACAACAAGGCACUUCCACCGCUUGCCAAUAAUCAAGGCACACCCUUUGAAACUGUACAGCGAGACAUUGUCUGGAUUACAAACGUCGAGCCCUCGUCUAUCUCUUUCGAAGCGGCCUACGCAUCAUCCUCUGAACACGACCCUCCCGUGACUAGCGAUUACCGACCCUUCUACGUACGCAUCAAUGGAGCCAGGUGGCACUCUGUUAGCCUAGAGGCAAUGGAGCCUACGUCCGUUUCCGAAGGCAAUCCUGCCCAGUGGUCUGGCACAAUCUCGGGUUUGGCCCCAAACUGUACCUAUACUUGCACCUUCAUCCGUACGGACGGCGAAGAGGAGUUUGCGUCGGUUAUGGUGAAGACUCCUGUGCUGCUCGACAAGGAUUUGCCCCUUUCUCUUGCGCCGAUACCUGUCCGGCAGUCUAUGAGACCGUCAUCGCCAACAACAACACUAAAAAAUUCCAUCUCGACCGCGGAGGCCAAGCUGAAUGAAGCUCGGAAUCGCCUUACGAAGCUGCGCCGCCAACAUCGAACAGCUCUCGCAAAAGUGGAAAAAGAAGUUGACAGCUUUAACACGCGUCUGAAGACCGCUAGUGACGACACCAAGCAAAGGCAGAAGCUGUUGCAGGCUGAACGUAGCAUUCGUCAGACCGAAGAUGCUACUUUGGAGAUUGAUGCAGCGCUUGAAGGUCUAGUAUCGACGCCCGAUGAUGAGAUCGAAGAGCACAACGCCUGCAAAGCGGCUUAUGAAGAACAGAGCAAGCGGCUUGCCGAUGCCAACGAGGCACUGUCCAAGGCUCGUUCAGCUGCAAGCAACGACCUCUCCUGCGCCAAUAGUGAACUCAACAACAUUGUCUCCCGGAAAGAACGUCUUACCAGCCGCAAUACUAAGCUGACUGAGCAGCACGACCGGAUCACUCAUGCCAAUGUGCAAGGGCUGAAUGAGAAGGAAAGAAGGGCUGCCGAAUCCAAUGCAAAGAGCGCCGAUCAGCAGAGACGCGAAGCGGAGCUGACACACCAGAUCCGCUUCAUGGAGAAUGAACUGAGAAACUCCAGGAUGCGUUGGGAAGCAAACCUCAGAGAACUUGACCUCCUUGAGAAGCAGGAACUUGCUCAGCGCGAGAUGAUGCUUACUAACAGCGGUCCUCUGACUCCCGAAGGCGAACUCCCAGGAACCCGGCCUCCCCCACAGCCUGCUCGGCCCUACGCAUUUGGCAGCUUCCAGGCAUUUCCGAAUAGCCCUGUUACUGAGGUUCAAGGAUCCCCUUUCCUUGCCUAUGCUAAAACUCUCCCUUCCAAUGAUCAGCAACGACCAAGAUCCGACACCAACCGGUCAGCUGGCGGGGUUAGCAACUUCUCUGGCGAGUUUGAAGAUGCCGAUCCCAUCCCGCCGAUGCCUUCGACUACCGAAUAUGAGGCCACUGGGCGUAAAGGGAGUGGCAGCACUGGCAGUAGGGGAAAGAAUAAUGGUAGCCCGGCAGCGGCAAUGAUUGGUAGUGCCAUGCGCAGUCCGCAGAGAGGCAGCUACAGUCCAGGACAUAUUCCAGGGUCAACGACGUGGUAG